UGUGCGGACCCGGGCCAUGCGGCUCCUGGCGCCUCUGACUCCCUCAGCUCAGAGCUGCUCACUGGAGGCCCCCAGCACCCCCAGCACCCCCAGCACCGGAAAGAGACGUGGUCAGGAAGGGUGAAACUUCGGCUGAAGCAGAGGUGCAGUGAUCCCGCUGCUCGCCCUCACUCGUGGCAUACCACCAAAUUUGGAGAGAACCAGCCUGAUGCCAGCAUGAUGCAGAUAUCUCGGGGCACGAUGGGCCCUCCUUGGCACCAGAGCUACCAUUCCAGCUCUUCCACAAGUGACCUCUCCAACUACGACCAUGCGUAUCUGAGGCGGAGCCCUGACCAGUGCAGCUCCCAGGGGAGUGUGGAAAGCCUGGAGCCUAGUGGCGGGUACCCAUCCUGCCACCCUCUUUCCCCCGCCAAGUCCACCAGCAGCAUCGACCAGCUCGGCCACCUCCAUAACAAAAGAGACUCGGCAUAUAGUUCCUUCUCCACGAGUUCUAGCAUCCUAGAGUACCCACCCCCUGGUGGCCCCGGCCAAGAACGGUCAGCUUCCACGGACAUGAUUUCUGCGCGAGGCGGCCUCCUAGAAGGGAUGAGGCAAGCGGACAUUCGCUAUGUCAAGACAGUCUACGACACCCGGAGGGGGGUCUCGUCAGAGUAUGAGGUGAACCCUUCAGCUCUGCUUCUUCAGGGUAGGGACGCCCAGGCAGCAGCAGCAGGGAGUCAGGGCUGUGCUAAAUGGCAUAGCGUUCCUCGGGGCAAGGGGGCACCGUCCCCAUCCUGGAACCAGCAGUGCCCCAGUGCCUCAGAUGCUGCCGCCGACAACCUGCCUCAGAAAGUGGGCGCACCCAUGCCCCCCACUCGGAGCGACAGUUACGCGGCCUUCCGGCAACGCGAGCGUCCCAGCUCCUGGUCUAGCCUUGAUCAGAAGAGGUUCUGCAGGCCGCAGCCAAGCUCCUCGGGCCCCUUGAAGACGCCCUUCGUGGAGGAACAGCUGCACACAGUCCUAGAGAGGAGUCCAGAGAGCAGCCCCCCGGUGAAGCCCAGGCAUGGUUACACCCAGAAGGCCCAGCCUGGCCAACCCCUGCUGCCCACUGGCAUCUACCCGGUGCCUUCUCCAGAGCCACACUUUGCCCAGGUGCCUCAGCCUUCUGUGAGCAGUAACGGUACGGUCUACCCUGCCCUGGUCAAAGAGAGUGGCUAUGCCCAGGGCGCCUGUACCAGGAUGGCAGCCUUGGAUGAGAACGGGAACCAAGAUGAAGCCAGCAGGCCCGGGUUCGCCUUCGGUCAGCCCCUGGAGCGUGGCUCAGCCACCCCGGCGGAGAGAAGCCCAGAGCCCACGGCCAAGUACGUCUCCUACAAAGUCCAUUUUUCUGCAGUGCCUGGAAAUGAAGACGCCUCCCCGAAGAGACACGUCACGCCUCUCCAGGGCCACGAGAGAAGGAACGCCCAUGGCAGCGGCAGCCACCACCACGGCCCCUCCCCUCCCCAGCCCUGGGACGGUGACUUCCAGGAAGAUCACAACGCCAACCUCAGGCAGAGACCGGAGAGGGAAGGUCACGGCGGCCAGAGCCCGCCGUCGUCCUCCUCCUCGGGCAACUUUGGCAGGACCAAGUUGGCCUUCGCAUCCCUCCAGAACAUUCCAGAGAGUCUGAGGAGACAAAGCAGCGCCGAGCUGGCAGGAGAGGCCCAGGAGGGUCCCCCCGGUGGCAGGCCCGGCUGCGCCCUCCACACCCACGUCGAAGAGCCCGGUUGGAAAGCCGGGCCCGACAGCAGGAGCUACCUGGACAGGCCUGCUUCCUGUCCGAGGCCGGAGGGGAAGGCGCAGGCUGCAGACUCGAGGUCUGCAGAGCCCCCUGCCCCACCCCUGCAGCAGGCAUCCGCUCUGGCCCCCAGGAGACCCAGCUGCAGCAGCGCCUCCUCCUCCGCCUGCUCCGCCGCCGCCACCGCCACCCCGCAGUACAGGAAGGCCCAGUGUUCGGUGCUGGAGAAGGUCUCCAAGAUAGAGGAGCGAGAGCAGGGGCGCCACCGGCUCCCCAGUGUGGGCAGCUCCACCACCUACGGCCUGAACGCCAGGCCCGGUCGGGCCGGCAGUGACUUUGAGGAUCCCAAAGCCGCCGGCGCCCAUCUCUCCACGGAGCCCGCGGAGCAGCGGCGCAGCGGGGAGCAGACCUUCAAACCCGGGCAGGCGAAGCCCGAGGAGGCGCCCUGGCAGCCGUGCGGCCAGCCGCAGAGGAGGGCCGCCGACGGCCGCGGACCCCCCGGCCGAGGCGCCGAGCCCCCGAGGCCCGAGGCCCGCCUGCUCCGCAGCCAGAGCACCUUCCAGCUCUUCAGCGAGGCCGAGAGGGAGGCCGCGUGGUCGGAGGACCGGCCCGGCACCCCGGAGUCGCCCCCGCUCGACGCGCCCUUCAGCCGCGCCUACAGAAACAGCAUCAAGGAUGCCCAGUCCCGCGUCCUGGGGGCCACCUCGUUCCGUCGCCGGGACCUAGAGCCGGGCACCCCCGCCACCUCGAGGCCCUGGCGCCCCCGACCCGCCUCUGCCCACGUGGGGAUGCGGAGCCCCGAGGCCGCCGCCGCCGCAUCAGCAUCAACAUCAGCAUCCGCAUCGGCAUCCUCCUCGUCCUCCCCACACACCCCUCGGGAGCGGCACAGCGUGACCCCGGCCGCACCCCAGGCUGCCCGGCGAGGUGCACGGAGGCGCCUCACGCCGGAGCAGAAGAAGCGCUCCUACUCGGAGCCCGAGAAGAUGAACGAGGUCGGGGUGUCGGAGGAGGCCGAGCCCGCCGCGCCCUGCGGUCCCCAGCGGCCGGCGGCGGCGGUGGCGGCGGCGGCGGCGGCGCGCUUCUCGGAGAGCACCGUGGCCGACCGGCGCCGCAUCUUCGAGCGCGACGGCAAGGCCUGCUCCAGCCUCAGCCUGUCCGGGCCCGAGCUCAAGCAGUUCCAGCAGAGCGCCCUGGCCGACUACAUCCAGCGCAAGACCGGCAAGCGGCCCGCCUCGGCCGCCUGUGCCCAGGAGCCUGGGCUGCGCGAGCGCGUCCAGAGCGCCUACCUCCAGGCCGGCCCCGACGGCCCCGGCCCCGGCUUGGCCUCCGCCUGCAGCCUGAGCUCGCUGCUGCGGGAGCCCGAGGCGCUGCACCGCAAGGAGCACCCCCAUCUGUCCUCGGCAGCUGCCGCUGCAGAUGCUCCCCAGGCCCCCCGGGAUCGUAGCAGCUCCUUCGCCAGCGGACGCCUCGUCGGGGAGCGACGACGCUGGGACUCCCAGGUCCCCAGACAGCUGCUCAGCGGAGCUAACUGCGGACCCAGGGGCACCCAGAGAACGGACAGGACCCCUGGCGGGCCGCCUUCCUGGGACAUGGUGGCCGCCAAGGCGGGGAAGUCCAAGUCAGCCGAGGAUCUGCUGGAGCGCUCUGAUACCCUGGCGGUCCCUGUGCAUGUGAGGUCCAGGUCGUCUCCCACCUCGGACAAGAAAGGCCAGGAUGUGCUCCUGAGGGAAGACGGCAGCUUUGGUUUCGUGAAGGACCCAUGUUGUCUGGCUGGCACUGGAUCUAGGACUGUCAGUUGCUCAGACAGAGGCCAGAAAGAGCUGGCAUUGCCCCUAUACCAUCCUACCUCUUGCUGGAAUGGCUCAGGCUACAAAGCCACUGUUGGUUCCUCUGCUCCUGCCGAAUGUUCUGGAGCCCCAGACCAUCUGAAGCAACUUAGAACACCUUGCCCUAGGCCACUUUCGGCAGGAAUGCAAGGCCACUUUCCAGAUGCCAGAGCUGCCUCCAUGGCCCCACUCGGCUCCCCUCUGCCGUCCUCCGUCCCCUCCAGUUACCAUUCACAGCUCCCCAUUGACCAGCAGACGGACAGGAGUGGUCAGGCCGGGCGACAGCCUCUUCCGCCCUCCGCCCCCGCAGUGGCCCACAGACACGAUGGCCAUAGCCUGACCCCGGCUCCCAGCCCCAGAUGCCGUGAGUUCAACAGCCCGGAGCAUGGGCUGGAAGAGGCAAUGUGCAAGAGGGGGUCCCUGCCUCAGCGACCCCCUCCACUUUGGGUGAAGUGGGCCCCCACAGUCAGAGAGGACGGCCUUCCUGAGGACACCUCGGCGCCUGAGUUUGCAAACAGGAAGCACUAUAAAAACCAGAGUCUGCCCAGUUCAUGCAGCGCUUCAGACCCAGACACUCCAGGCAGGAUCUCUCUCCGAAUAUCGGAGUCGGCCCUGCAGGCUUCCCCGCCACCCCGGGGGGACUAUGAUGACGAAGUGUUUGUGAAGGACUUGCACCCCAGGGUUUCUUCAAGCCCCACAUUUGAAGCUCUUCCCCCACCUCCGCCUCUACCUCCUCCACCGAGCCAGGAAACCCCAGUGAAUGGCUCCGAUGACUUUCCUCCGCCUCCCCCUCAAGCCGUGGACGAGGCACUGCUGGAUGGUGAGGCAUCCAAGGAACCUGUGUGCAGCAGUAGUUCCUGCCGAUUUCCCAAGGUGACCGUCACAAGGGACAGGCACAUGACUUCCAAACCACCCCAGACUUCAGCCGCAGGUUCAGAAGCCGAGUCCAGCACACCUUCUGACGGGAAUGCUGAGCCGCGGCUCGCCAGCCCUCUUGGCCAGCAGCCCUCUCCCAGCCAGACCCAAAGCCUCAUCCAUGAGCCUAUCGGUAGAACUCAGGAUCUAGGAAAGAAAAUCCACGCCGAGCCCCAGAAGACCUCGGAAGAUAUCCGAUCAGAGGCUCUUGCCAAGGAAAUUAUCCACCAAGACAAAUCUCUGGCAGACAUUUUGGAUCCGGACUCCAGAAUGAAGACAACGAUGGACCUGAUGGAGGGUUUGUUCCCCAGAGAUGCUAGUGUGCUGGCGGAGAGCGGCGCAAAGAGGAGGGCCUUAGAAAUAGCCGUCAGACACACAGGGUGUGAAGCCAAGAGGAGCGACGACAAGGAAGCCGCGGGUGUGCUGGUCAACUGCCCGGCCUACUACAGUGUGUCUGCUGCCAAGGCGGAGCUGCUGAACAAAAUCAAGGACAUGCCCGAGGAGGUGCCCGAGGAGGAGGAGCAGGAGGACGUCAACGAGAAGAAGGCUGAGCUCAUCGGAAGCCUCACCCACAAGCUCGAGACCCUCCAGGAAGCGAAGGGGAGCCUGCUCUUGGACAUCCAGCUGAACAAUGCCCUGGGAGAAGAGGUGGAGGCCCUCAUCAGUGAGCUCUGCAAACCCAAUGAGUUUGACAAGUACAAGAUGUUCAUAGGGGACUUGGACAAGGUGGUCAACCUGCUGCUCUCGCUCUCUGGACGCCUCGCCCGGGUGGAGAACGUCCUCAGCGGCCUCGGUGAAGACGCCAGUAAAGAAGAAAGGAGCUCUCUGAACGAGAAGAGGAAGGUUCUGGCUGGCCAGCACGAGGAUGCGCGGGAGCUCAAGGAGAACCUGGACCGGAGGGAGCGCGUGGUGCUGGCCAUCCUGGCCAAUUACCUGUCGGCCGAGCAGCUCCAGGACUACCAGCACUUCGUGAAGAUGAAGUCCACACUCCUCAUCGAGCAGCGGAAGCUGGACGACAAGAUCAAACUGGGCCAGGAGCAGGUCAAGUGUCUGCUGGAGUCACUCCCCUCGGACUUCAGGCCCAAGGCAGGGGCCAUCUCCCUGCCCCCAGCCGUCACCAGCCGUGUGACUCCGGGUGUGACUCCGGGCGGGGGCUCUGGACUCGGGGCCAUUUUCCCAGCGUUGACCUCUCCACUUUAACCUCUCCUGAAAGACCCAGCCAAGAGACGCUACUCCCAACACUAUUUAAUCUGAAAGAUGUUUCACUACAACCGCAGUCUAGACUGGGGGGUCUCUGGGGGGCUUCCGGGGUAAAAGGAAGAGAUUGCACCCAGGAGGAAGGCCGUCUUUCCUUUCACGGUUGGUUGGUCUUGUGAGCUCGCCUGCUGCCGGGGCCUUCCCACCGUAUUUACUGUGGCGUAGAAGGAAAGUCAAAGACGCCGAGCUGAUGGGAGGGGGUCUGAUCGUGGAGGUGUUCCCAGGCCGAAGCAGCAGAGACCAGUGUGUGCCACCCUCAGGAAUGUAUCCACAGUGGCCUUCCUUGCUGGUGGGCAGCGUACCCUGAUGGCGGGGUGCAAUACCAGUCUGAGACACAAAGCCUUAAAGAGACACACACGUUAAGAAAACUGUAAAACCUUGAACCUUUUUGUUAUUUAUAUUUUUAAAAAUGAAAAAGAUCAUUAUGUUUGUGUGCUAACCACUGACUUGAUUCUAUGUGUGGUGGAUGUAGACAAUUACGUGUGAGCUUUGUAUUUUGUGAAGACCUUAAUGAAGAAUUCCAAAGAUAGUCAAAUUGAA